CCUAUGAACAAACAUACUCUGCCAGAGUACAUCAUAAAUAACUCCUGUUUAAAACCACGCUGCCUCUCGACAGAUCGGGGCUUCUCUUCGAUAUCAGUCGCUACCACCGAUGGAAUACCGAAAAAUCAAAGAUCAGGAGAAAGAUGGGAAUGUGGGUGAAGAUGAUUUAGAGGGCCUACAUGGGAAGCCUCCAUCAGGCGUUCCUGUAAAUAGCAUGGCCAGCUUUGGGGGAAGCUCGAUUGUUGGGUCCAAGUGGAAGCUCAAGUCAAUUGUUACAAUGGCUUUGACAUUGCUGACAAGUUCACAGGCAAUUCUUAUUGUGUGGUCCAAAAGGGCUGGAAAGUAUGACUAUAGCGUGACAACUGCAAAUUUUUCGGUGGAGGCUUUGAAAUGUGCACUAUCACUUGCUGCCCUUGGGAGAAUUUGGAAAAAUGAGGGUGUUACAGAAGAUAACAGGUUGUAUACGUCUUUGGAUGAAGUGAUUGUUUAUCCUAUUCCUGCGGCACUCUACCUUGUUAAGAACUUAUUACAGUAUUACAUCUUUGCCUAUGUGGACGCACCGGGUUACCAAAUACUGAAGAACCUGAAUAUUAUCAGCACUGGUGUGUUAUAUCGUAUCAUUCUAAAGAAAAAGAGCUGGCACCCAUUCUCACCCUCUCCUGCAUGCGGCCUGCUCCCUCUAUCUGCAUGUAGCUGCAUCCUUUUCCUCCUAUCUCUCUCUCCCAAUUUCUCACUCUCCCUUCCUCUCUCCACGUUGAGCGAAAUCCAAUGGGCAGCUUUUAUUUUGUUGUGCAUGGGGUGCACUACGGCACAGCUUAAUUCUUCUUCGGAUCAUGUUCUUCAAACUCCUUUUCAAGGUUUGAUGAUGGCCAUUAUCAUGGCACUACUAAGUGGCUUUGCGGGGGUUUACACCGAGGCUAUUAUAAAAAAACGUCCUUCAAGAAAUAUCAAUGUGCAGAAUUUCUGGUUGUAUGUCUUUGGGAUGGCCUUCAAUGCUGUUGCGAUAUUCAUUCAGGAUUUCGAUGCAGUGAUGAAUAAGGGUUUCUUUCAUGGCUAUUCUUUGAUUACAACUUGUAUGAUUCUCAAUCAUGCUCUCAGUGGAAUUGCCGUAUCAAUGGUAAUGAAAUAUGCUGAUAAUAUUGUCAAGGUUUAUUCUACUUCGGUGGCAAUGCUUCUAACAGCGGUUGUGUCCGUGUUUCUCUUUGGGUUUCAUCUUUCCCUCGCUUUCUUCCUUGGCUCAACGGUUGUUUCCGUCUCGAUUUACUUACAUUCCAUCGGGAAGCCACAAAGAUAAUUUUGGUCAUGACCUGCUGGUUUCUUUUCCCGCACUUUGAACUUUCAGUGCAGAAGGGUUGUACAGAGUUUUUCUCUGUUCUUGUAUUUUACUUUUCAUUGAUUUGCUAAUAUCAGGAUCAGUGGGUGAAAUUACUGGCUUUCUCAGAUCAAGAAAUGAAAACAUAGGUACACAGAACAAGAAGGAAAACACACAGGGCGUCUCUGUUCUUUGAGGAAUUAUACAAAUGCUCGGACAGAGAGAUUGUAUGGUAUGUUUGGGCCUAGGCUUUCGUACAAGUGGGGUGUAUGGUUCGGUGAUCGAAAACGUUGAUGUGGUGGACUCACCUUAGACUCCCGAUGUUGAAUGGAACUGUUGCUGUAUUUUCUUUGUUAACCACCAAUAUUGGAUUCCCGCCAACGAUCUUUUAA